UGUGUCUGUGUGUGGGGGGUGGAUGCACGAACUGUAUGUGGGCUAUCCACAUAUUUGCCAAAUAAAAGUUUUUGCCAACAUCCGCGACCUUUCAGCUGCACAAACUGACCCACAUGCCUGCCACACACAGCACACAACACACAGUGUGGCGUGCCCCAGCUUCGGCUCAUUUCAGUUCCGCUGUCGGCGAUUACCUUAAAUCAGUCAGUCCAUCAGCGGACGGAAUCGAGCACUGGCACACAGCGCAGCAAUGCCGAGACUGGAAUUAACACUGAGACUGAAGGUGCUGCUCCUGCUGCUGCCCUGGCUGCUGGUGUGCAUUUUCUUCUACAAACCCGAAGACUUCACGGAGCCGGAUGUGUACUACAACAGCUUGGACUAUCAUCCAGAGGACUACAUUGAUACGUUCACAGGACUGCAGGAGGAUGACUACUUUCAGUGAUGUGAUGGAUAAUUUGUUGCUGAUUUUUUUUUGUUUCAGUUUAAGUUAACGUUGGUUUACCAUUGAAGUUUAAUAAGUAAUUAAGAAUAGAAUUAUAAAAGUACAAUAAGUAAAUUGAAUUUCAACGUGGCGACAUUCGUCGUCUGUUCUCUGAUCACAGCCAGCAUGACAGGGCAGGGCUAUCUUGACACUCGCAGCGUCUCUUUCGCGGUCUCUUUGCGCUGUCAAUAAUUUGCACUCGCUCGUUUGUGCUUUGCACUCGCCUGUGCACUCACUCGUUCGUGCUU